CUCUCAUUCCGCCAUUGGUUCUGGAGCUGUCCGGUUCUUCGCACUCGUACGCUGAUUCACCCAGCUCCUCGGAUCCGCCCGGCUCGGUUGCUUCGGUUCGUCUCGUGCGGGUGUCACACAGUUUCGGUUUGGUUGGAGGCGCAUUUCGUUUUUGGCUCUCAACUGCAACAGGUGACAUCUCUCCUAAUCCUUGUGGCAGAAAAAGUCAAUGAAUCUUCUUGGCUACUACAAUUUGUAAAAAGUUCUAAGAGUGUUUAAAAAAGGGGCAGCAAAUGCGUUUGUGUGGUGAUUGGAUUCAGGAAAAUAAAACACCGAAAUAUAGACGUGGUUCAUCUCACGAUGAAUAUUAAAAGUUAACCGCAAUUACAAUAAUUCAAAAUAUGUUCGUGCAUGUGAUUCUUUCCGUUAUUUCGUUUUAAUUGUUUAUUACACGAUCCUACCUCCGAAAAAUAAAUCAGUCUGUCUUUAAAAUGAACAAAUGCAACUGGUCGAAGGACAAAAAAUAGUGAAAAAAUAAGAAGAAAAUAAUAUCAAAAGAAAAUGAACCGCACAUUUUUCUGUUAGAGGUGUGUGCAGAACCGGAAAUCGGAGCAAACGUGGUCCGGUACAAAAGGCAAUCAUGAAGUGUGUGUUACCCAAGUUCGUGUACCGCUUGCUUCUCCACCAUCUGCUAUUGACAAGAAUUUGUUGGCCUCAUGGCGUAUACGCCACGUCUGCCGUCUGCCACGACAGCCACAAUGGUUUCAAUGUCUCUCCCGAUGGCAAUUCCGAUCUGAGCCCCGACCGUAAUCCCACUACCAUGUCAUCGGGUCAAGCGCCACCGCCGACAUUGACAUUGCCUCCGUGGAAGUGUUGCUGCUGGAAUGCAACUAAUCAAAGCGAGGAGGUGGAGUGCCGGUGUGAGGGGGAGGCGCUCACCCGAGUACCGCAAACAUUAACGAUGGCCAUGCAGCGACUAACAAUUGCGUCGGCGGGCCUGCCACGCCUUCGCGCCACGGGCCUGAAGGUCUACGCCCAAACGUUGUUGGAUGUUGCCUUCACAGACUGUUUGCAGCUGGAAUUGAUACAAGAUGGCGCUUUCGCCAAUUUAAAGCUCCUUCGCACAAUCUAUAUUGCCAAUGCUCCCAAGCUAUCCUUUCUAUCCAAAGACGUAUUUUCCGGAAUUUCGGACACUGUGGAAAUAAUACGCAUCAUAAACAGUGGUCUCACCAGUGUUCCGGAUUUAACCCACCUGCCCCCCUACAAUAUUCUGCAAAUGAUCGAUCUCGAUAAUAAUCAAAUAACUAGAAUAGAUUCUAAAUCUAUUAAAGUAAAAACUGCACAAUUAAUUUUGGCUAACAAUGACAUUAGUUAUGUGGACGACUCGGCCUUCUUCGGGUCGAAGAUAGCCAAACUCUCUUUAAAAGAAAACCGAAAGCUAAAGGAGUUGCACACCAAUGCUUUUCAUGGAAUUAUUGAUAUAACAGAAUUAGAUUUGUCCAGUACUUCUAUUGUUGAAAUGCCCUCGGCGGGACUCCAAACAAUUGAAGCUUUGUAUAUACUUAACACUCAUACACUGAAGACGAUACCUUCAAUUUAUAAUUUUAGGAACCUACAAAGGGCUUACCUUACCCACUCUUUUCAUUGUUGUGCUUUUCAAUUCCCAUCACGGCAUGAUCCUCUGCGACAUGCACAAAGGAUGCUGGAAAUUGAAAAAUGGAGGACACAGUGCAAUGGUGAACGAAAUUCUCGAAGAGAGAGGAAUAUAGCUAAAAAGAUUGAAAGUCAACAGGAUGAUUUAGGUACGCUUGGUGGUUCAGAAGCAUUGUCUGCGGACGUACUUUCUACUCCAUUUUCCUCCGUUGACUACAUGGCCGAUGCGGCCAUGAACCUUGGAUACUUCCAUGAAGAAAUAACCAUUAAUCCGGACGAUGAACAAUUUGCUGAGUUUUGUGGCAAUUUUACAUUUAGAAAACCCAGUGUGGAGUGCUAUCCCAUGCCAGAUGCGCUUAAUCCGUGUGAGGAUGUUAUGGGCUAUCAGUGGCUACGAAUUUCGGUAUGGGUUGUGGUGGCUCUGGCCGUUGUUGGAAAUGUAGCAGUACUGACUGUUAAUCUAUCAAUUAGGCCAGAAAUAACGCCUGUGGCACGCUUUUUAAUGUGUCACCUGGCGUUUGCCGACCUGUGUUUGGGCCUCUACCUUUUUUUGGUGGCCUCCAUCGAUGCUCAUUCCAUGGGGGAGUACUUCAACUACGCUUACGAUUGGCAAUACGGGUUGGGUUGCAAAGUUGCUGGUUUUCUCACCGUUUUUGCUAGUCAUCUGUCGGUGUUCACGUUAACACUGAUAACUAUCGAACGCUGGGUGGCCAUUACCCAGGCCAUGUAUCUGAAUAAACGCAUUAGAUUGCGCUCUGCGUCCAUAAUAAUGUUAGGUGGUUGGAUCUACUCGAUGGUCAUGUCCUCGCUGCCUUUGUUUGGUAUUAGCAAUUAUUCCUCCACCAGUAUAUGUUUGCCGAUGGAAGUUCGUGAUACAUUCGACACUGUGUAUCUGAUUGGAAUUCUGGGGUGCAACGGAGUGGCCUUCUUCAUCAUCGCCGUGUGCUAUGCCAAAAUUUAUUUUUCCUUGGGUCGGGAGACGCGUCAUGCACGUCAAAACAAUCCUGGAGAAUUGAGCGUGGCUAAAAAAAUGUCCCUUCUGGUGUUUACAAAUUUUGCUUGUUGGUCACCGAUUGCAUUUUUUGGAUUAACGGCAUUGGCAGGCUACCCACUAAUCAAUGUUACCAACUCCAAAAUCUUGCUGGUGUUCUUUUACCCACUGAACUCCUGCGCAGAUCCCUAUUUGUAUGCCAUAUUAACAGCUCAGUAUCGACAGGAUCUCUACACUUUAUUGAGCAAAUUGGGCCUUUGCCGGACGAAUGCUGUAAACUCCAAGGAUAACUCCUCUGGAAUGGGUACAACAAGAUUCACUAUUCACCGACACUCUUCUCUCACCUGUAGAAUACCACCCGCUCUAGAAGUGGAAACCCAGAAAAUGUUGACUUAUAGCGAAGAAUAUGUUUAAAUUGAAAUUGAAGUAGUUUAAUACGCUUCUUCCUCCUGUUGUGAUAUAUCUAUAAACUAAACCUAUUGACUUGGCUCUCUCUUGUUAAUGAUUUGUUUCAGUAUUGUUACCAUCCAAGAUCGAUGUUAAUUUGGACCUAUAAGAUUGUUAAACGAUUCCUUGUCAUAAAUAUUUAGUUAACGACUCAUAG